AUGGGCGCUAUCUCGAAUCUCAUCCCUCUCAUCAUUCUCUUCGUUGUCGUCGGCGCAUUCGCUUUCGUCGGCUAUCAGGUCAGACUAUCCUCACUUCACAACCGCCUAAACGCGACAGGUGCUGACACAGCCCAACAGAUGUACCUCUGGACCAACGAUCUCGCCAACCAAGGAAAGAAGACCAUGGAGAAGAAGAACGUCAUGUUCACAAAAGACGGCAUGAAGGUCGGAGUCAAAGAGAUGAGCGAGGAAGAAUACGCAGACAGAACACAGAGGUGCGUUUCUUCACUCCUUGCACGCGACAGACCAACACAGUACACCAUCUUUGCGAUCCUUGAGCCUUUUGCUGACUGGAAGUUGCGGAUNAGCGUGUUGGUCAACACAUGGAACCAGACUUCCUUCCCUGCAUACAAGAGCAGGCUUUGGAACAUGGAGGGACAGGCUAAAAACAAGGCAACUUCUUCCGGUAGAGCUUGA